AUGAAGUUCACAUCCCUCUUCACCUGCGCCUUGAUGAGCCUGAGUGCCACAGGCGCCCUCGCCCAAGUCUGCGAAUGGUACCUCAACCCCGACGAUUGCAUCUGCAUGCUUUCCACCGACGGCUCUCUCUUGCGCACGCAAACCACUUCUUGCUGCAAAAAGCUAGGUUACAAGACGAUGAACAGUAUCUGUGGCGUCGACCGCAAAAACCGGCAACUCUUCAAGGACUGCUGCAAAGAUCUCAAUCAGGAGAGCGUCAUUGGGCACUGUCGCUAG